AUGCGCAUUGGCGGCCCCGCGAUGGCGGACCCCGAGGAGUCCUUGAGGAGGCGGAAGGCCGGGAAUGCGGGCUCCGAGCCUGGGUCUCCGCCGGGACGGGGGCCGGGGCGCGACCCUACGGGCUGUAAUGCCCGUCUCCGAGCGGGCACUUUCUGGCUGACCAGGAUCGUGCUCCUGAGGGCCCUCGCUUUCGUUUACUUCGUGGCGUUCCUGGUGGCUUUCCACCAGAACAAGCAGCUGAUCGGAGACCGGGGCCUGCUGCCGUGCCGCACGUACCUGAAGAGCGUACAGCAGUAUUUCCGGGGCCCGGUCGGCUGGGACACCGUGAGCUACGCGCCCACCGUGCUCUGGCUGCUGGACUGGUCACACAUGGACUCCAACCUGGACGCCCUGGCGCUGCUCGGGCUGGGCGUCUCGUCUUUCAUCCUGCUCACCGGCUGUGCCAACAUGGUGCUCAUGGCCACUCUCUGGGUUCUCUACAUGUCCCUGGUCAGCGUGGGACAGAUCUGGUAUUCAUUUGGAUGGGAGUCCCAGCUUCUGGAAACAGGAUUUCUGGGGAUCUUCCUGUGCCCUCUUUGGAGUCUGUCUCGACUGCCCACGGGGACCCCCCCGUCCCAGAUUGUGCUGUGGGGCUUUCGGUGGCUGAUUUUCAGAAUCAUGCUUGGAGCAGGCCUGAUCAAGAUCCGGGGGGACCGGUGCUGGCGGGACCUCACCUGCAUGGACUUCCACUAUGAGACGCAGCCAGUGCCCAACCCUGUGGCCUACUUCCUGCACCAGUCCCCAUGGUGGGUCCACCGCUUCGAGACACUCAGCAACCACUUCCUCGAGCUCGUGGUGCCUUUCUUCCUCUUCCUCGGACGGCGAAUGUGUACCCUCCACGGGGCCUUACAGAUCCUGUUCCAGGUGGUCCUCGUCAUCAGCGGGAACCUGAGCUUCCUGAACUGGCUGACCAUGGUGCCCAGCGUGGCCUGCUUCGAUGACGCCACCUUGGGGUUCUUGUUUCCCUCUGGGCCUGGCUGCCUCAAGGGCCGAGUCCUGAAGCUGCAGGAGGAGGCCGCCCGAGGGCUCCGGCCCCCCCCGAGAUACGGCUGCAUGGUGCGGCGGGCGGUGCAUGUGGCCCUGGGCGUCCUGGUGGCCUGGCUCAGUGUCCCCGUGGUCGUCAACCUGCUGAGUCCCACGCAGGUCAUGAACACGUCCUUCAACCCUCUCAGGAUCGUCAACACGUACGGCGCCUUCGGAAGCAUCACCAAGGAGCGCACAGAGGUCAUCCUGCAGGGCACGGCCAGCCUCAACGCCAGCACGCCGGACGCCGUGUGGGAGGACUAUGAGUUCAAGUGCAAGCCCGGGGACCCCGGGCGGCGGCCAUGCCUCAUCUCCCCCUACCACCACCGCCUGGACUGGCUCAUGUGGUUCGCGGCCUUCCAGACCUACGAGCACCACGAGUGGAUCCUGCACCUGGCAGGCAAGCUUCUGGCCAACGACGCCACGGCUCUGUCCCUGCUGGCCCUCAACCCUUUCGAGAACAGGGCGCCCCCCAGGUGGGUCCGGGGAGAGCACUACAGGUACAAGUUCAGCCGCCCCGGGGGCCGGCACGCCACCACAGGCAAAUGGUGGGUCCGCAGGAGGCUCGGGCCCUACUUCCCCGCGGUCAGCCUCCCGGACCUGAAGGACUACUUCCAGUCGCGGGAGUGGCCGUACCCCGAACUGCCGUAGGAGCGGCCUCGGGCCUGCGUGUGGACCAAUAAAAGCAGAAGCGCGGCUGCUGGAGUGAAGGCUCGUGUGCCCGGGCCCCGCCGCCCUGCGUCCUGACCUCUUGGAAAGCAGGCUCAGUGAGCAGGGGCUCCCCGGGCCAGCGUGUCCCCUCCUUUCCUCCUGAGUUCAUCACACGGAGCCCCCAUAAAGCCCCUGACCCUGUGGUGUCCAUCGGCACCUGCCGCACAAGGGAGGGCGGGUCCCCAGUCAGGCCCUUCUGCCCGGGCAGCUGAGCCCCAUUCGCCACCUGGUGUGGCCCCAAGGAAGCUGCCACUCCCUGUGCUCUUGGCCCCCGUGGCUGUCCUCCCACAUCCAGGAUAGGCCUGGGAAAGGGAGAGGCCAAGGCGGCCGGUCCUCCCCUCACGCCUGCCCCCUUCUCAGAACCUUCGUGCCUCCCCAGGGGGGACGUGUCCGGCAUCCGGAGGCAUGGACAGAAGCCCCUUGUUCCUCCCCAGGUGGGCCACCUCCUCCCCCCUCCUCCUCCUCUC